UCCCGGGUUUCUGCGGCCGCGGUCUCGGUGGAGGCGCGGAGUUAAUGCGGCUCGGAGCGCCCUGUGCAGACCAGGAUCCUGGGCAGCUGAGGCGCCAACGGUCUGUCCGCGGCGUGGACGGAGCCAGCCCGGCCUCGGUCCCUCCUGCUUCAGGGCCGCCAAACGCCCGCACGGAGCAGCGCGGGAUGGCCGCCGGGUGCCGGACAGCGUCGUGCUGGGGAUUAUUGUCAUUCAAGGAUAUAUCUCUGGAGUUCACCUGGGAAGAAUGGCAGUUACUGGAUUCUAUGCAGAAGUACCUGUACAGGAAUGUGAUACUGGAAAACUACAGCAACCUGCUGUCCGUGGGGUAUUGUGGUUCCAAACCUGAUUUAAUCUUCAAGUUGGAGCAAGGAGAAGAGCCGUGCAUAAUAAAUGCCAGCAUUUCCCCUCCGAGCUGUGCAGAGGGUUGGAAAGAAUGGUACCAGAAAAAUCAGGAUGAGCUUGAAAGUGUUGAGAGAAGCUAUGCUUGUAAUGCAUUUGGAAAACUUCAUCUGAGCAAAACCCAUGUUUCUUCAAGACAAAGACUCCAUAAGUAUAACACACAUGGAAUAAGUUUCACACAAAACUCAGGUUCAACCAGAAGCUAUCUAAGAAAGAAUCCUGAUAAGGUUCAUGGAUAUGAAGAAUCAUAUUUUCUUAAGCAUCAAAGGGCUCAUAGUAUAGAAAAAAACUGUGUAUGUAAUGAAUGUGGGAAAGCUUUUCGUUGUAAAUCACAGCUCAUUGUACAUCUUAGAAUUCAUACAGGAGAGAGACCUUAUGAAUGCACUAAAUGUGAAAGAGCCUUCAGUGCCAAGUCAAACCUUAAUGCUCAUCAAAGAGUUCACACAGGAGAAAAACCCUACUCAUGUAGUGAAUGUGGGAAAGUCUUCUCUUUUAGGUCACAGCUCAUUGUCCAUCAGGAAAUUCACACAGGAGGGAAACCUUAUGGUUGCAGUGAAUGUGGGAAAGCCUACAGCUGGAAAUCACAGCUUAUUUUACACCAGAGAAGUCAUACGGGAGUGAAACCCUAUGAAUGUAGUGAAUGUGGAAAAGCCUUUAGUUUGAAGUCACCAUUCGUUGUACACCAGAGAACUCACACAGGAGUAAAACCCCAUAAAUGCAAUGAAUGUGGCAAAGCCUUUAGGAGUAAGUCAUACCUCCUCGUUCACAUCAGAAUGCAUACAGGAGAGAAACCCUAUCAGUGCAGUGAUUGUGGGAAAGCCUUCAAUAUGAAGACACAACUUGUUGUACAUCAAGGACUACACACAGGAAAUAAUCCUUAUCAAUGCAGUGAAUGUGGGAAAGCCUUCGGUAGGAAGGAACAGCUCACUGCACAUCUGAGAGCUCAUGCAGGAGAGAAACCCUAUGGAUGCAGUGAAUGUGGGAAGGCUUUCAGCAGCAAAUCAUACCUCGUUAUACAUAGGAGAACACACACAGGAGAGAGACCCUAUGAAUGUAGUUUCUGUGAGAGAGCCUUUUGUGGGAAAUCGCAGCUAAUUAUACAUCAGAGAACUCACUCAACAGAGAAGCCCUAUGAGUGCAAUGAAUGUGAGAAGGCCUAUCCUAGGAAGGCAUCCCUUCAGAUACACCAGAAAACUCACUCAGGAGAGAAGCCUUUUAAAUGCAAUGAAUGUGGGAAAGCCUUCACUCAGAAAUCGUCUCUCAGUGAACAUCAGAGAGUUCAUACGGGAGAGAAACCAUGGAAAUGCUCUGAAUGUGGGAAAUCCUUCUGUUGGAAUUCAGGGCUUCGUAUACAUCGAAAAACUCACAAGGAGUCGUUCUCGUUUGAAGAUUUGUCAGUGGACUUCACCCAGAAGGAGUGGCAGCUCCUGGGCCCCCCGCAGAAGGACUUGUACAAGGAUGUCAUGUUGGAGAACUACAGCAGCCUUGUGUCGCUGGGGUAUGAAGUUAGAAAACCCGAGGUCAUCCUCAAGUUGGAGCGAGGGGAAGAGCCGUGGACAGGCGAUGGAGAAAUCGCAAGUUCAGACCCUCCAGAACAAGUCUUAGAAGCAAGUGGUCACGUGACAUGGCACCAGGAUACCCAAGAGAAGCUUAGAAACAGGAAACAAGAUGAUGAAUGUGAUGCAUUUGGAAAAAAUUUCAAUCUGAGCAUGAACUUUGCUCCUUUAAGGAAAUCAAACAGUGAAGGUGAUGUAGAUGGAUUAAUUUUAAAACAUCAUUUAGAUUUACUUAUUCCAAAAGCAGAUUAUGGAAAAAUGGAACCAGAUGACCUAAAUGUUUUUGAUAAAUUGUUUCUCCAUACCAGACCCGAGGAAACUGACACUUGGUUAAAAUGCUAUGAAUGUGAUAAAUAUGAUAAAGGCAGCUGUAAGAAGUCACAGAUUAUCAUAUAUCACAGAACUCGUUUAGGGGAGAAACUCUAUGAAUGCGGUGAAUGUAGGAAGCGCUUCACUAAGAAAUCAAGUCUUAUUAAACAUCAGAGCAGACAUGUAAGAGAGAUAGCCUAUGGCUGUGGUAAAUGUGGCAAAACCUUUCCCCAGAAGUCACAGUUUAUUACACAUCACAGAACUCAUACAGGAGAGAAACCUUAUGAUUGUGGCCAGUGUGGGAAGGCCUUCUCCCAAAAGUCACAGCUCACAUCCCACCAGAGGACACACACAGGAGAGAAACCAUAUGAAUGUGGUGAGUGUGGGAAGGCCUUCUCCCGGAAGUCACAUCUCAUAUCACAUUGGAGGACACACACAGGGGAAAAACCCUAUGGGUGCAGUGAAUGUGGGAGGGCCUUCAGUGAGAAGUCAAAUCUCAUUAAUCAUCAGAGAAUUCAUACAGGAGAGAAACCUUUUGAAUGCAGAGAAUGUGGGAAAGCCUUCAGCAGGAAGUCACAGCUUGUUACCCAUCACAGGACGCACACAGGAACAAAACCUUAUGGGUGUAGUGAUUGUAGAAAAGCCUUCUUUGAGAAAUCAGAGCUCAUCAGACAUCAGACCAUUCACACUGGAGAGAAGCCCUAUGAAUGCAGUGAGUGUCGGAAAGCCUUCAGAGAGAGGUCAAGUCUUAUUAACCAUCAGAGAACCCAUACAGGAGAGAAGCCUCAUGGAUGCAUUCAGUGUGGGAAAGCCUUCUCCCAGAAGUCACACCUCAUAUCACAUCAGAUGACACACACGGGAGAGAGACCCUUCAUAUGCAUUAAAUGUGGGAAGGCCUUCAGCAGGAAAUCCCAGCUUGUUAGACAUCAGAGAACUCACACAGGAGAAAAACCCUAUGAAUGCAGUGAAUGUGGGAAAGCUUUCAGUGAAAAACUAAGCCUCACUAAUCAUCACAGAAUUCAUACAGGAGAAAAGCCCUAUGUGUGCAGUGAAUGUGGGAAAGCCUUUUGUCAGAAGUCACAUCUCAUAUCCCAUGAAAGGACACACACAGGAGAGAAACCCUAUGAAUGCACUGAAUGUGGGAAAGCCUUUGGUGAGAAGUCAAGUCUUGCAACUCAUCAGAGAACUCACACGGGAGAGAAACCCUACGAAUGCAGGGAUUGUGAAAAAGCCUUCUCCCAGAAGUCACAGCUCAAUACUCACCAGAGAAUUCACACCGGAGAGAAACCCUAUGAAUGCAGUCUUUGUAGGAAAGCUUUCUUUGAGAAAUCAGAGCUAAUUAGACAUCAGAGAACUCACACAGGAGAAAAACCUUAUGAAUGCCCUGAAUGUAGAAAAGCUUUCAGGGAAAAGUCAAGUCUCAUCAAUCAUCAGAGGAUACAUACGGGAGAGAAACCCUUCGAAUGCAGCGAAUGUGGCAAAGCCUUCUCUCGGAAAUCACACCUCAUCCCACAUCAGAGGACACACACAGGAGAGAGGCCCUAUGGAUGCAGCGAAUGUAGGAAGGCCUUCUCCCAGAAGUCACAGCUUGUUAAUCAUCAGAGGAUUCAUACAGGGGAGAAACCUUAUCAGUGCACUGAAUGUGGGAAAGCCUUCUCCCAAAAGUCACAGCUAAUUAAUCAUCAGAGAACUCACACAGUAAAGAAAUCCUAGGAAUGGAGUGAAUAUUAUGCUUCCGGGGGCGUCAGAGCCAUGGCGUGCGCGGGCGCUGCGGCCUCGGGGGUGCGUUCCCCGAUCUCGCCUGACGGCGCGAGCGUCUCCGGGAAUCGCAUCUGGUCACCACAGCUGUCGGAGGCUGGAACUCGGCCCUCCUCCCGUCGCCGUCGGGCCGCCGAGCGCCAUGUCUCAGAGGGCCGGGCUGCCCCGCGGGCGCUCGCGGGCCGGGAGCGGGCGCGCGGUGGGUCGCCGCCUCUGCCCUCCCCGUGGUGGAGCGGGGAGCGUCUGCCCUUCAUCCGCUGCUCGUCGUGUGUCGUGGAGCGUCUGCUGCGGCGCCUAUGGCCCUGGCGCAGUGCUGCUCCUGGAUCAGCAGCAUCAGCGUCGCCUGAGCCCCCGCCGGUCCUUCUGAACCGGACACUGGGCGCGCGGCUCGGCAUGGGACUCACUGCACUCCUUGGUCAGAGCCUUUGGGAGCAUGGUGCUGGUUGUGCCUAUCUCUGUAUGUCCUUUCAGGGGUCCGUGACGUUCAGGGAUGUGGCCAUAGACUUCUCCCAGGAGGAGUGGGAGUGGCUUCAGCCUGCUCAAAGAGAUCUGUACAGAUACGUAAUGUUGGAGAACUAUGGCCACCUGGUUUCGCUGGCAGGUCUUAACAUUUCUAAGCCAGAUGUGGUUUCCUUAUUGGAACAAGGCAAAGACCCUUGGCUGGGGAAAGGAGAUGUGAGAAGAGAUCUGUUUUCAGUUUCAGAGUCAAAUAGUGAGAUUGAAGCAUUUUCUCCCAAAAAAUUCAUAUAUGAAGGUGAUUCAUCCCAGUAUUUGAUAAUGGAAAGAAGUCUAAGCCAAGGCCCUGAGUCUUCCAGUUUUAAAGGAGGCUGGAAAUAUGAGGAUGCUACUGAAAUGCUGCGAGGAAAUCAAGGAUGUAUUAGGCAAGUGACAGUCUCUCAUCAAGAAGCCCUGUCUCAACACAUGAGUAUCAAUACUGUGGAGAGGCCCUAUGGAUGCCACGAAUGUGGAAAAACUUUCAGUCGGCGCUUUUCCCUUGUGUUACAUCAGAGAACUCAUACUGGAGAGAAACCCUAUGUAUGUAAGGAAUGUGGCAAAACCUUUAGCCAGAUCUCAAACCUUGUGAAACAUCAGAUGAUACAUACUGGAAAGAAACCCCAUGAGUGUAAGGACUGUAAUAAAACAUUUAGUUACCUUUCAUUUCUCAUUGAACACCAAAGAACACAUACUGGGGAGAAACCAUAUGAAUGUACCGAAUGUGGAAAGGCCUUUAGUCGUGCCUCCAACCUCACUCGACAUCAGAGAAUUCACAUAGGAAAGAAGCAAUAUAUGUGUAGGAAAUGUGGGAAGGCCUUCAGCAGUGGCUCAGAACUCAUUCGCCAUCAGAUUACACAUACUGGAGAGAAACCUUAUGAAUGCAUUGAAUGUGGGAAGGCAUUUCGCCGUUCUUCACACCUUACUCGACAUCAGAGCAUCCAUACUGCCAAAACCCCCUAUGAAUGUAACGAAUGUAGGAAGGCCUUCCGUUGUCACUCAUUCCUUAUUAAACAUCAGAGAAUUCAUGCUGGAGAAAAGCUCUAUGAAUGUGAUGAAUGUGGUAAAGUUUUCACAUGGCAUGCGUCCCUUAUGCAACAUAUGAAAAUUCAUACUGGAGAAAAACCCUAUGCAUGUACUGAAUGCGACAAAACCUUUAGUCGGAGCUUUUCCCUCAUUCUACAUCAGAUAACUCAUACUGGGGAGAAACCCUAUGUAUGUAAGGUAUGUAAUAAAUCCUUCAGCUGGAGCUCAAACCUUGCUAAACAUCAGAGAACACAUACUGUAGAGAAUCCCUAUGAAUAUGAAAAUUCAUUUAAUUACCACUCAUUCCUUACUGAACACCAGGGAAUUCACACUGUAUAGAAAACCUAAGAACGUAUGGAAUUAAAUUAAAAAAGCAGUUAAUGCCUUACUUUGACUUCAGAGAAUUCUUAGAAAGAAGCCUUAUGUGAAUAUGUUGAAUGUGAAGAAAUGUGGUCCAUGCUUUAUUCAACAUCCUGGAGAAAAACCCCAGGAAUGUGUGGGAAAGCCAGUAACAAACAGCUGCUUGUUCUUUCUGUAAUAUCAGAAGAUGACAUCAAUCAGUAUUGAGAAGACUCUUCAUCCGGCAGGAUUCCCUUAUUCUACAUUUGUAAAUUCCUGCCAGGGAAGGACCCAUGUCCAAUAAAUGUGAGAAAGCUUUUCAUUAGAUAUUGGCCCUCAUUCUGCAUCUGUCAGCUCAAGCAGG